GAAGGUAAACCAAUACACUCUCUUCUUGUUUGCCAUGCUUCAAAUUGUACUUUUUUUGUUUAUUUCAACUCUAUUCGGUAAUGCAUAUUCUUAUAAAUUUCUAGUCAUUUCACCGGUUUAUGGAUUCAGUCAUAUGAAAUAUAUGGCAGAAUUAGCAAAUCAUUUGGCAAGAGCUGGAAAUGAUGUGACGUACUUCCAGCCAUUUGUUGUGGACGAGUAUCAUGAUCACACACUGAUAAAAGAAAAAUCAAUUAAAAUCUGGAAUUAUUAUCAUGAUGAACUUGGAAGGCAGCAUAUUCCAUCACAAGGCUGUAUGAGAGAUGCGUGGCAUUCAUCCUGGUAUCAAUCAGAUGCUGGAGCUGCAAUUCUUCUUUCUAAAUACCUUUUUCCAGCUUUUGAGCAUAUGUGUAGAAAAAUGUUUGAGGACACCGAGCUUCAUUACGAUUUGAAAAGCCGCCAAUUUGAUGUGGUCUUAUCGGAAGCGUUUGAUUUUUGUGGUCUAUAUCUUGCCAGCUAUCUUGAAAUGCCUUCAAUAAUUUCCACAUUUACUGGUAACCGAUUGAAUGCUCUUGCUCCUGUACUGGGUGAACCAUCAUUUUUGCAUUAUCUGCCGGCACCUACAUCCCAGUAUGGACAUGAAUCAACAAUAUUUGAUAGACUGAAUGAUGUUUGGCACAAGAUUUGGUCUUCUUAUGGUUUUGCGCAACUUUUUGAAAUGCAGUAUCAACAAGUUUCGAAGUUAACAAAUGGAAAAGUAAAACAUUGGAAAGAUAUAAUUCAUGACGUCACUUAUCACUUUUCAAAUUCAAAUCCAUAUCUAGAUUUUGUAAUUCCUACGAUUCCGAAGGUUGUUCCAAUUGGAGGAAUAACUGUAGAUCAUGACUACUGGAGCACGAAUGGAAAUCAUUCAGAACUUUUGGAACAUGUUUUGAAUGCGCGAAAACAUAAUGUGUUUAUUUCUUUUGGAUCAAUGGUUCGAUCAGUUGAUAUGCCAAAAGAAUUCAAAAAAUCCAUGAUGAAAGUAUUCUCGGAUCAUCCAAAUAUAACUUUCUUGUGGAAAUAUGAACUGCCGAAUGAUCAAGAGUUUUUGAGAAUAUUACCAACCAAUGUACACGUAGCCAAGUGGUUUUCCCAGAGUGCCCUCUUAAGUGAUCAACGGGUUAACCUUUUCGUAACACAUGGAGGACUUGGUAGUACAAUGGAGUUAGCACGGGCAGCAAAACCGGCAAUAGUGAUUCCACUGUUUGCUGAUCAACCGGGAAAUGCAAAAAUGAUAGAACGACAUGGAUCAGUAGAAAUAUUUUCAAAGCUUGAUAUUCCUAAUUCGAAGAAGCUCAGCAGUUUGAUUCAAAAAAUGUUAAAUACAAAAUAUUAUCAACAGAAUGCAAAUCGGUUAGCCGAUACAUUACGUUUUCAACCAAUCACGCCAACUGAUCUGAUGGUAAAACACGCCGAAAACGCCGCACGAUUUGGCAAAAUGCCAAACUUGGUACCUCAUGCUAAGGAUAUGGGUUUCUUUGAAUAUUACAACAUCGAUAUUAUCUUUAUUGUUUUUUUACUUGUUUGGUUGCUUUUCUCUGUUGUGGCACAUGUUUUCUCAAAAUUAAAGUUGUCUUUGAAAAUAAAGGUUGAAUAGAAUUGU